AUGGAGUUAAUUUGCCACGAACACAAGGAGUUCCUGUCGACUUCAGGAGCUUUCCCAACGCCCCGCCGCCCCAUCAGGGCUUCGUCCGACCCGGUGCUGGCCCGGGAUGGCCGCGUAUUGCAGAACCUCGUCCAUCUACAGAGAGCCAACGUUUCUGGAUCUUAUUUCAGAAACGUCCAGACGGACCUGCAUCCAUAUAUGCGAAGGCUUUUAACCAUUUGGAUGCUGCAGGUGUGUGAGGAGCAGAAGUGUGAGGAGGAAGUGUUCCCACUGGCCAUUCAAUACUUGGACAGGUAUAUGGCCCGCUUUCCUGUCCACAGAACAAACCUGCAGCUGCUGGGAACCACCUGCAUGUUUCUGGCCUCCAAACUCCGAGAAACGGUUCCUCUGACUGCUGCCAAGCUCUGCAUCUACACCGAAAAUGCUGUUUCUGUCUCCCAACUGCUGGAGUGGGAGAUGAUGGUGGUGUCCAGGCUGGACUGGAACCUGGGCUCGGUGCUUCCCUCUGAUUUUGUUGAGCCGUUACUGCAGAGCUUUCCUGUCUCUCCUCAGAGCCUUGCGGUCCUGCGCAGACACACUCACGCCUACAUUGCCCUGGCUGCCACAGAGUUCACGUUUUCAGUGCAUCUACCAUCCACUUUGGCCUGCUCUUGUUUGGCAGCUGCCGUGGUCCGCCUGCAGCUCCUGGAGGGAACCGUCUCCUCUGAUUCACUCUUGCAGGUCAUGGCUAACAACUUUAGUAUCAACCUGGUGUGUUUGAGUAACUGCUAUGCUGAAUUGGAGGUCACUCUCAAGCUCAGUCUAUACUCCCCCUCCACCACCAAGGUUGCCAGCAGAUCUGAGCUCAACACACCUGUCAAUGUCCAGGAGGUCAAGCUGUCUCCCCGCCAGGCUAUUGGUCAGACCCACUCCAAGCACAGACAUGACGAGCGUAAAGAAGUGGGCGCCUUCACCUCUCCGGGUCCUACACCUGUCCGCCAGGCUCUUCUCACACCCACGCGCUUCCAGUCGAUGGGGGCGGCCUCCCACGACCCCCGCCCACAGCGCUUCUUGCGGACUUGCAAUGCUGUGCACCUCCUGCGUCAGAUGUGUCAGCUCUACAGCGUGCUGGUACCAGGGUUAUCCGAGCCGUUCUGCGGUGCUGCCGAAGUUCUCCCCUGCCCCAACAACAACAACAUGGAGGAGGAGGCCCACCACACCGCUGCCGAACAGGUCCUCAAGGCCAUGGGUCAUGCCUAG